UUAUCACUUCUUGGUUUUGCAGUUUGCGGUUGGGUGUUGAGAUGUUGCUUCUUCUUCAUUUUGUAUGUUUCUUUUGAGUUCUGUUUGUGUGGAGAAAGGGUUGCUUCUCGUCCCAGCACCUUAUUUUUCAUCAGCUGCAAUCGCUUCUGUAGCUAUUUUUGUGACGAUGGAUGGUUGUUACAUAAGCAGACCUAAUUUGGCAAGAGUGUGAGAUUAGUGUUAACAAAUUUGAUCUCGAGAAUUUUGAGGUGUGGAAAAGGGUGAGAUAUUUUGGGGUGUGAAGUAACAUUUUUUUUUUAUGUUAGUACAUGGCCCGAAGAUUUCAAUUAAUCGUUUCCAACUGUGCGGGUGAUAUUCUUCCGUUGAGUGAAAACUGUGGUCUUCUGUAGAAUGUGUAACCCGCAAUUGCCUAGUGAAGCUGUGAUGAUCAGGUGACAAAGGCCUCUCCAGCUGAAGAUUGGGGUCAAGCGCCGACUCUAAGUGCGGAUCAAGAUGUGUUUGACAGAGUGUUUGGCUGCAUCAUGUUGCCUUUGUCAAUCAUGUACAGGCUCGUGCCGCAUGGCGGCCCGCUACAUGUAUGGGCUUCUCUUCCUCCUGAGCAACAUUCUGGCGUGGAUUGUGCGUGAUUACAGUCUCAAAAAAUAUCAUCUCUUUCAUUAUCUUAAGGGUUGUCGAAGCAGCUUGGAUUGCGUGGGGUCUGAUGGAGUCCUUCGCCUCAGUUUUGGCUGUUUUAUGUUUUUCUCUUUCAUGUUUCUAACCACAGUAGGGACUUCAAGUACCAAGGAUCCAAGAGAUUCAUGGCAUUCGGGAUGGUGGCCUAUCAAGACACUUGGGUGGGCUGCUCUCAUGGUGAUGCCAUUCCUAAUACCACCGCAUUACAUCGCGAUAUAUGGAGAAAUUGCAAGGUUUGGAGCUGGAAUAUUCUUGGUUAUACAGUUGGUGAGUUUCAUUAACUUCAUCUACUUCUGGAAUGAGGAAUGGCUUAAUGAAAAAUAUGAGCACAUCUGGAGAGUGCCCAUGAUUCUUGUGUCUGCAGUGUGCUUCAUGGCUUCCCUCUUCACCAUCGGGGUUAUGAUUGCAUGGUUUGUUACAAGCAAGGAUUGUAAGCUCAAUGUCUUCUUCAUCAGCUCCACCCUCUGCCUUGUCUUGUUCACAACACUUCUCUCAGUGAAUUCCAAGGUGAAUGCUGGCCUUUUAACAUCAGGUCUUAUGGCAGUUUACAUUGUAUUCCUCUGCUGGUCUGCAAUCAUGAGUGAGCCACUUUCAUCAACCUGCAGAAUCCACCCACAUCCCAGUGGUGGCAAGUAUGACUGGCUAACUAUAGUGGAAUUUGUAGUUGGUUUCGGUGCCAUCUCACUGGCAACAUUCACCACUGGAGUCCAUUUCAGAUCCUUCUCUCUUCCUUUGAAGGCUGCGGGUGCAGAUGAAGGCCAAGUGCAAUACUGCUAUGGGGUGUUUCACUUUGUAUUUGCCAUUGGUGCUAUGUACUUUGCCAUGCUUCUAGUGGGAUGGAGCUCCCACCACACCAUUCACAAGUGGAGCAUUGACAUGGGGUGGACAGGAGUGUGGGUGAAGAUUGCAAAUGAGUGGCUGGCAGCAGGUGUUUAUGGUGAGCUCCUGAUAUGCUGUUUGACUUGGCUUUGGGGAGGAUUGUGGGAUUGUGGGUUCUCGUAAUGGUGUGUUAACCUUCAAAGGCCAUUUGUUUAUUUAUUUAUUUAUUUAUUUAUUAUUUACAUUAUUAUUUUCAUAGUUUUGGAUAGUCUUGGGUGUCUUUGAAUGAACUUGACAGCACAAACUAAAGAAUACAGUUUUUCUUAUCUAUUCACAUCUAAUGUGAGGGUGCAGAAUCUCCUUUCAAUGAAAAUAGUUAGUGUAGUUAUCCCUUGUUGAUUUCUAAUCCAGCUCAGCAUCCCCCCCCCCCAAAAAAAAAGAAAAAAGAAAAAAGAAAAAGAAAAGCCACUUGUUAAUGCUUAUCUGAGGGAAUAUAUACAGUUUUUGGGUGUUGUAAAAAAAUCGCUUUGACUUCUCUGAACUUAAAUCUUCAUGCAUUUCAAAAUUUUAGACAAAAAAAACUUUUCAUCCUAAUUUCCAGUGUUAUUUAUUUUAUUUUUAUUGAUAAAAAUGGAGAUAUAUUUAGGAUAGAGAGGGAUUGAAGAAAUAGGAUUAUUUGACCAUGUAUAUAAGUUUGGAAAUUUACUAAAUUAUUAAUUUAAUAUAAGUUAAUUCAA